GCCGGCACGACGCUGAUGAGGGAGGAGGCUGGGCGGGCCCUCCUCUCCCGUAAAGAGCUGGGCUUUCCCCAACUCCCCUUCGGGAAGCCGAACCGGGCCGAGGCCUAAGAAGCAGCCUCCUCCUUUCCGUCCGGAGGCCCAACUCCCACCGGGGGGAGAGGAGGAGGAGUCCGGGAGCUUCGUAACUGCGGCUUGGCUCGGCGAGUCCAGAUUGUUUUUCCACCACCGCAGCCAUGUCUGACUUCGUGGAGAGUGAAGCCGAGGAGUCGGAGGAGGAGUACGAUGCGGACGGGGCAGUUGUUCCCAGAGUAACCAAGAAGUUUGUAGAGGAAGAAGAUGAUGAAGAAGAAGAAGAGAACUUGGAUGAUCAAGAUGAGCAAGGGAACCUGAAGGGAUUCAUUAAUGAUGAUGACGAUGAGGAAGAGGAGGAAGAGGAAGAGGCCAGUGAUUCGGGAGACUCCGAGGAUGAUGUCGGUCAUAAGAAGAGGAAACGCAAUUUUGAUGACCGCCUUGAGGAUGAUGAUUUCGACCUCAUUGAAGAAAACCUGGGUGUCAAAGUAAAACGACAAAAAUUCAGGCGGCUGCGGAAGAUGUCAGACGAUGAGGAUGAUGAAGAGGAGGAUUACGGGAAGGAGGAGCAUGAGAAGGAAGCCAUUGCUGAAGAAAUCUUCCAGGAUGGGGAGGGAGAGGAGGGGGUUGAUGCUGUCGAAGGCCCCAUUGGCCCCGCUGAUGAUGAAGAAGAGGAGGAGGAAGACGAGUCUGACAUUGAUGAUUUCAUUGUUGACGACGAUGGGCAGCCUCUGAAGAAGCCCAAAUGGAGGAAGAAACUCUCUGGCUGCACAGAUGCCGCUUUGCAAGAGGCUCAGGAGAUCUUUGGGGUGGACUUUGACUAUGACGAGUUUGAGAAAUACAACGAGUACGACGAGGAUCUGGAGGAGGAGUACGAAUAUGAGGCCGACGAGGCAGAAGGGAGUGAGACUCGCGUCCGGGCCAAGAAGGCCACCAAGAAGCGGGUCAGUCGCCGCAGCAUUUUUGAGAUGUAUGAGCCCAGCGAGCUGGAGAGCAGCCACCUGACCGACCAGGACAAUGAGAUCCGGGUGACAGACAUGCCCGAAAGGUUCCAGCUGCGCUCUAUUGGUGUGAAGAACGCCGAAGACGAUGAGCUGGAGGAGGAAGCUGAUUGGAUCUACCGGAAUGCUUUUGCGAUGCCCACCAUCUCCCUGCAGGAAACGUCUGAUUUCUCGGACCGCGGUCAGGCCGGCAGCAGCUUCAGCCGCAAGGGCCCCAGCACCAUUCAGAAGAUCAAAGAAGCCCUGAACUUCAUGCACAACCAGCAUUUUGAGGUCCCGUUCAUAGCCUUCUACAGGAAGGAGUACGUGGAACCAGAACUGAACAUCAACGACCUGUGGCGUGUUUGGCAGUGGGAUGAGAAGUGGACCCAGCUGAAGAUCCGUAAGCAGAAUCUGACCCGUCUCUUUGAGAAAAUGCAGGCUUACCAGUACGAACAGAUCUCUGCUGAUCCGGACAAACCUCUGGCUGAUGGAAUACGGGCCCUGGACACCACUGAUAUGGAAAGGCUGAAGGAUGUGCAGUCCAUGGAUGAGCUUAAAGAUGUGUACAAUCACUUCCUGCUUUAUUACGGCCGAGACAUUCCCAAGAUGCAGAAUGCAACCAAAGUCAACCGCAAGAAACACAAGCGUAUCCGGGAAGAUGGAGAAGAGGAGGAAGGGGAAGGAGAAGAUGCAGAGGAUGAUGAGCCAAAGGGGCCUGAGCUCAAGCAGGCAUCUCGCCGGGACAUGUAUACCAUCUGCCAAACAGCUGGUCUAGAUGGCCUGGCUAAGAAGUUUGGUCUAACACCGGAGCAAUUUGGUGAGAACCUGCGCGACAGUUACCAGCGCCACGAAACGGAGCAGUUCCCAGCAGAGCCACUGGAGCUGGCCAAGGACUACGUGUGCAGCCAGUUCCCCACGCCAGAGGCCGUGCUGGAAGGCGCCUGCUACAUGGUCGCUCUGCAGAUUGCUCGUGAGCCCCUGGUCCGGCAGGUUCUGCGGCAGACCUUCCAGGAAAGGGCCAAGAUCAACAUCUCCCCUACCAAGAAGGGCAAGAAGGACGUAGAUGAGGCCCACUAUGCGUACUCCUUCAAGUACCUGAAGAACAAGCCUGUCAAGGAACUACGGAACGAUCAGUUCUUGAAGAUGUCCCUGGCUGAAGAUGAGGGGCUCCUGACCAUAGACAUCUGCAUUGACAUGAAAGGCGUUGAGGGCUAUGGCAGCGACCAGACCUAUUUUGAAGAGAUUAAGCAGUUCUACUACCGGGACGAGUUCAGCCACCAGGUGCAGGAAUGGAACCGACAGCGCACCUUAGCCAUCGAGCGGGCACUCAACCAGUUCCUCUAUGCUCAGAUGGCCAAAGAGCUGAAGAACAAGCUGCUGGUAGAAGCCAAGGAGUGUGUGAUUAAAGCUUGCAGCCGGAAGCUGAACAACUGGCUCAAGGUGGCCCCGUACCGCCCCGACCAGCAGGUGGAGGAGGACGACGACUUCAUGGACGAGAGCCAGAGCAAAGGCAUCCGGGUGCUGGGCAUCGCAUUCUCCUCAGCAAGAGACCACCCCGUGUUCUGCGCCCUGGUGAACGGAGAAGGCGAGGUCACAGACUUCCUGCGGCUGCCACACUUCACGAAGCGAAGGAAUGCCUGGAGGGAAGAUGAGAGGGAGAAAAAAGCCCGGGAUAUUGAAUCACUGAAGAAGUUCCUGCUUAGCAAGAAACCCCACGUGGUGACGAUUGCAGGAGAGAACAGGGAUGCCCAGAUGCUGGUGGAGGACGUGAAGCGCAUCGUCCACGAACUGGAGCAAGGGCAGCAGCUUUCCUCCAUUGGGGUGGAGCUGGUGGACAACGAACUGGCGACUCUCUACAUGAAUAGCAAAAAAUCCGAGAACGAAUUCCGGGAGUACCCCCCUGUUCUGCGCCAAGCCGUCUCCCUUGCUCGACGCGUACAGGAUCCGCUGAUCGAGUUUGCCCAGGUUUGCAGCUCAGACGAGGACAUCCUCUGCCUCAAGCUCCACCCUUUGCAGGAACACGUUGUGAAAGAGGACCUGCUGAAUGCCUUGUACUGCGAGUUCAUCAACCGUGUGAACGAAGUGGGAGUGGAUGUCAACCGUGCCAUUGCCCAUCCGCACAGCCAGGCCCUCCUGCAGUACGUCUGUGGCCUGGGGCCACGCAAGGGCACUCACCUGCUGAAGAUCCUGAAGCAGAACAAUACGCGGCUGGAGAACCGUACCCAACUAGUCACUAUGUGCCACAUGGGACCAAAGGUCUUCAUUAACUGCGCUGGGUUCAUCAAGAUAGAUACGGCAUCGCUGGGCGACAGCACGGAUUCCUACAUUGAAGUCCUGGACGGGUCCAGGGUCCAUCCAGAAACCUAUGAAUGGGCCAGGAAAAUGGCCGUCGAUGCCUUGGAGUAUGAUGAGUCGGCAGAAGAUGCCAACCCUGCUGGUGCCCUGGAGGAGAUUCUGGAAAACCCAGAGCGCCUGAAGGACCUGGAUCUUGAUGCCUUUGCUGAAGAGCUGGAAAGACAGGGCUAUGGAGACAAACACAUCACCUUGUACGACAUCCGUGCCGAACUAAGCUGCCGCUACAAGGACCUGAGGAGCCCAUACCGCUCCCCCAAUUCUGAGGAGGUCUUCAACAUGUUGACGAAGGAGACGCCUGAUACCUUCUACAUAGGUAAGCUGAUCAUCUGCAACGUGACCGGAAUAGCCCACCGGCGGCCCCAGGGGGAGAGCUAUGACCAAGCAAUCAGGAAUGAUGAGACGGGCCUGUGGCAGUGCCCCUUCUGUCAGCAGGACAACUUCCCCGAGCUCAGCGAGGUCUGGAAUCACUUUGACAGUGGCUCCUGCCCCGGCCAGGCCAUCGGGGUGAAGACUCGGUUGGACAAUGGGGUAACCGGCUUCAUCCCCACCAAAUUCCUCAGUGACAAGGUGGUCAAGCGGCCUGAGGAAAGGGUCAAGGUGGGGAUGACGGUGCACUGCCGGAUCAUGAAGAUAGACAUCGAGAAGUUCAGCGCCGACCUGACCUGUCGGACGUCAGACCUGAUGGAUAAGAACAACGAGUGGAAGCUGCCAAAAGACACGUACUACGACUUUGACGCAGAGGCCGCCGAUCACAAGCAGGAGGAAGAGCUGAAGAGGAGGCAGCAGCGCACGACUUACAUCAAGCGGGUCAUUGCCCACCCAUCCUUCCACAACAUCAACUUCAAGCAGGCCGAGAAGAUGAUGGAGACAAUGGACCAAGGCGACGUCAUCAUCCGCCCCAGCAGCAAAGGGGAGAACCACUUGACGGUCACCUGGAAAGUCUGUGACAACAUCUACCAGCACGUCGACGUGCGCGAAGAAGGCAAGGAGAACGCCUUCAGCCUGGGCGCCACGCUGUGGAUCAACACAGAGGAGUUUGAGGACCUGGACGAAAUAGUUGCCCGCUAUGUACAGCCAAUGGCGUCUUUUGCAAGGGAUUUGCUCAGCCAUAAGUAUUACCAGGAUUGCAACGGAGGAGACCGGAAGAAACUGGAAGAGCUCCUGAUCAAAACCAAGAAGGAGAAGCCCACCUUCAUCCCAUACUUCAUCUGUGCCUGCAAAGAACUCCCUGGCAAAUUCCUCCUGGGGUACCAGCCACGAGGGAAGCCUAGGAUUGAGUAUGUGACGGUGACACCGGAAGGGUUCCGAUACCGUAACCACAUCUUCCCCACGGUCAAUGGGCUAUUCCGGUGGUUCAAAGAUCACUAUCAAGACCCAGUGCCAGGGAUCACCCCCAGCAGUAGCAGCAGGACCAGGACUCCAGCUUCAAUCAAUGCUACUCCGGCCAACAUUAACCUGGCAGAUCUGACCCGAGCGGUGAACGCCCUGCCACAGAACAUGACCUCCCAGAUGUUCAGCGCCAUCGCUGCCGUGACCGGUCAGGCGCAGAAUGCCAAUGCCACACCCGCCCAGUGGGCCUCCAGUCAGUACGGCUACGGCGGCAGCGGGGGCGGGAGCAGCGCUUACCACGUCUUCACAACUCCGGCUCAGCAGCCCGUGGCCACCCCCCUGUUGACUCCCAGCUACUCCUACCCGACGCCCAGCCAGCCAAUCACGACGCCUCAGUAUCACCAGCUUCAGGCCAACACUACACCCCAAUCCACCCAGUCCCAGCCACCAUCUCAGCCUUCGUCCAGUUCUGGGCAACGACCGCAGCAGCCCAAGUCCAGCGCCCACGCAGCAAUCGACUGGGGCAAGAUGGCCGAACAGUGGCUCCAGGAGAAGGAGGCCGAGCGGCGGAAGCAGAAGCAGCGGUUGACGCCUCGCCCAUCUCCGAGCCCCAUGAUCGAGAGCACCCCCAUGUCCGUCGCCGGAGACGCCACCCCGCUGCUGGACGAAAUGGACCGGUAGUCCUGUCGCCCCUUCCGCUCCCGCCGAGGGGAGAGCACGCCAGCGGAGACCAGCUCUCCUUCCUUAGUCUUGUUGCUCCCUGUUUGGUUGUUUUGGUUUUUUGGUUUUCUACAUCCGACCAGCACUGGCGGGACAUCAGGGACGCCGGGCAGCAGCGCCCUUCUUGUGGCUGGCGCCUCGGGGCCACGUACGGAGCGGCAGCGGAGGCAGUACUCGCUGCUGCUGCGCCAGGCGGCAGCCAGAUUGGCCGAAUCCUCGGUUCAUGCUUUGCCGGCGUGGACAGACCAAGCCUGUCUUUCCGAGCAAGGUUUUCUUUCUGGCAGCCACCGUUCUGGUUGCCGCCUGGUCUUUCCUCCCAACUGUUGAGAAAUAAAGAUUUUAAAGCAAGGGGUUAUGGAAAGCAUCCUCUGCCAGCCACUGAGCCAGUGAAACCCACUGGUCGGUCUGAGGUCCCCCCUCUUCUCCCCUUCCUACUCUCGGCUCGGCCGGCAACAUUGUAUAGCUAAAGGGCUUUCUUUCUCCGGCCCCCCAGAGGACCAUGGCUGGAAGGGCACGGGCUGUAGCUUCCCCCCCGAGUUCAGUUUUGUUGGCGCUCCCGAGGACAAUAUUUAUUCAGUUGUAUUACACAGAAAAGGAACAUGAGCCGCAGCGCUAAACCCCGGGCAACGGCAGCCUUUGUCGCUGAGCCGGGAGGUCCUGAGAGCUUCUGUACACCCAGCGGUGCAGCUUGAAUGCCAAGCAGUCUGUCUCCCCCCCCCCCACCUCUGUAUCUGCUCAUAACAGAACCGAAGGAAUAAAUUGCGUUUCUG